AUGUGCCUGGAAGGAAGGAGGGGGCUGCCGGCCUGGCUGCUGCUGGACACCGUCUGCGUGUCCUCUAUGCCCUCCCAGAGAAACCAGGAGCCCUUCACCCUAAGGCCUGGCUUCCAAGUCUCUGAGCAAGAAACACUCACCCAAGAGGAGGACCCCCAUCCCUGCCCUGAUGGCUUCCCCUUCCGGGUCCAGAGUCCCCACCACUGGCCCCCUGGCCCCCUGCCCGCUUUCCUGGAGCCCAAGGUCCACAAACAGGGCUUCCGUGGGGACACAACUUGGCAGGCAGGAGCUAUGGCCCAAGCAUCUGGUGGCUCCCCAAAAUCCCAUGAGACCCAGCUGCCACUGCCACCUCAGCCCGAGGACGAGGAGGGGCAAGGGGAGAGGCUCGUAGAGCUGCACGCCUCCUUCCAGGAGCUCUUCACCUUCUUCUGCACCAAUUCCACCAUCCAUGGCGCCAUCCGCCUUGUCUGCUGCAGCCAGAACCGCCUCAAGACGGCAUCCUGGGGGCUGCUGUUCCUGGGUGCCCUGGGUGCACUCUACUGGCAGUUUGGGGUCCUCUUUGAGCAGUACUGGCGCUACCCAGUCAUCAUGACAGUGUCCGUGCACUCGGAGCGAAAGCUCUUCCCGUCUGUCACUCUGUGUGACAUGAGCCCACACAGGCCGAGCUCAGUCCGCCACCAUCUGCAGGCACUCGAUCAGUUUGCCCAGGAGAACAUCCAUUCUCUCUACAAAUUCAACUUCAGCGAGGACAGGGUUGCCCCCUUUACUGACGACCGGGGCCCACAGCCUGCCUUCUACCUGGACCGCAGCGUCCGCCUGCAGAGGCUGAGCCUCCCGGGUGGCCAGAGCAGAGUGGGUUUCAGAUUGUGUAACAGCACAGGCGGAGACUGCUUCUACAGGGCCUUCUCGUCAGGUGUGACAGCCGCCCGAGAAUGGUACUGUUUCCACUAUGUGAGCAUCUUGGCCCUGUUGCCCACCGCCCACGAGGACAGCCACCGGAGCCACGGCGGUCACUUUGUCUUCUCUUGCCAAUUUGACGGCCAGGACUGCCAGGCCCAGCACUUCCAGACAUUCCACCACCCCACCUAUGGCAGCUGCUACACCUUCAACGGCGUCUGGGCUGCGCAGCGCCCGGGCAUCACCCAUGGAAUCAGCCUGGUCCUCAGGGCUGAGCAGCAGGACCGCCUCCCGCUGCUGUCCACGGAGGCUGGCAUCAAAGUCAUGAUUCAUGAGCGUGACCACCCACCUUUCCUGGAGCACCAGGGUUUCAGCAUCCGGCCAGGGACCGAGACCACCAUCAGCAUCCGAGAGGACGAGGUGCACCGGCUGGGGAGCCCCUAUAGUCACUGCACCCACAGUGUGGAGGGUGUGGGUGUGCCGCUGCUGUACAAUGCCUCCUAUACCCUGCAGGCCUGCCUGGUAUCCUGCUUCCAGCAGCUGAUGGUAGAGACCUGCUCCUGCGGCUACUACUUCUACCCUCUGCCGUCAGGGGCGCAGUACUGCAGCUACGGCCGGCACCCCGCCUGGGGCCACUGCUUCUACCGCCUCUACAGGGACCUGGGGACCCACCGGCUUCCCUGUGCCUCACGCUGCCCCAGGCCCUGCAGGGAGUCUUCGUACAAGCUCUCUGCCGGGACCUCGAGGUGGCCUUCCUCCACGUCAGCUGACUGGAUCCUGGCUGUGCUGGGCAAGCGGGGCCACAGGAACCCAAGCCAGAGCCUCAGGAGCAACAUGGCCAAGGUGAACAUCUUCUACCAGGAGCUCAACUACCGUACCCUGGAUGAGACACCUGUUUACUCGGUGCCGCAGCUGCUGUCAGCCAUGGGCAGCCUCUGGAGCCUGUGGUUCGGCUCCUCUGUUCUCUCUGUCCUGGAGCUGCUGGAGCUGCUGCUUGAUGCCAUAGCCCUCACACUGCUGCUGGGCUGCCGCCGGCUCCGCAGAACUCAGGGGUGCCAGCCAGGGGCAGCCACAGUGGCGUCUCAUGCCAAGCGCCAAGCCGGAGGCCAACCAGUUGCCCACUGACUGUGGGAAUGACAUUAAUCAUCUGGGGGCCCCUGCUGGCCUCAUCUCCCACAACGCUUCCGGGAGCUCUGGCUGAAGAGUCAGGCCAAGUGAGAGCCCCAGCCUCCUGACACCUGAACCAGCCUGACCUUGUUCUGACCCUAAGGGAUAUGGCAGCAGUGGGCUCUCCUGCUGGCCCAGACCAGCCCCACGGAGCCACCUCCAGCCAGCCAAGCCAAACCCAGGGCCCAGGAAGCAGAACACGGAGCUUGCAGGCUCACACCAGAGCGCCCAACCCAUUGGGCCCUCUCGUCAACCCAGUGCCCUGUCCAGGGGUGGCCUCACUCAAGGAGGCCCAGGGCAGGGGGGAGGGAGUGUCCCCACCGCCCUGGAUUCCCACGUCUAGUCUGUGCAUUCCUGCAAGUGUGUGCGUGCAAGGGGGUGGGGGUACCUCCACAUGGGAGUGUGCCUGUGUUUGCUGUCAGUGUCAUGGGAACAAACGUAUGUGUGCUUCUGAGUGUGCCAUCAUAUCUGUCUGUGCCUAUGUGUAGGUACGUGCAGACACCAGACAGAACCUUCCUCAACUCAGGACAGGUGGAAGGAAGGGUAGGGCCAGGUCGAGGUAACCUUGGUGACCUUGGGCUGCUUUGUAAUAAAAUUUGUGA